AUGAUCGCGGCGGUUCGUUUCGCUGAUCCGAGGGGGUCGCAGCUGUCCCUCGCGCUGCUACUCGCUAUCAUGAUGCUGCUCCCAUGGACCGCGUUUUUCGGCGCCAAUUGCGGAGGCGUUCAGCUGGCGGCAACGCAGACGGACUGCCCGCUGAUUGGUCAGGGCAUCGACCCGUACACGGCGGGGAUUGUGACGGAAAAGCCGAAAGUUUUUCUCUCCGUGCAGCUCAAGAAGCUCAUCAGCGUCGACGCCGUCACAUACAGCUACAAGGCAUAUUUCCAAGUUGUCGCCACGUGGAGAGACCCUCGAGUGAACAACACGCUGGCGAUAAACAACGCGGUGAGCGCGUUCGGGCCGGCCAUCACGGGACUCGCCACGGCCAAAUGCAAGCCCAACGUGACGUUUUCGGGGUUCAACAUCAGCCAGAAGGACGAGUGCCUGAAGACGCCCAAGCAGAACAACCUGCCGCAGAUGGACGGCUGCAGCAAGCCGUGCACUCCGUCCGGCACCACGUGCUGCGACGCCCUCUGGAUCCCCUCGCUCACCAUCGACAACGUCCUCUUCUACCCGCAGGACCGCUUCCAAACAGAGAGCAUCUACUUCUUCGGGCAGUACAGCAACGAGGCCAGCUCGAUCGACAGAGAAGUCGUCGUUGGAGGUGCUCCUCCCCUCCUCUCCCCCCCUUCCUCUCCCUCCACUCCCCUCCUCUCCCCUUCCCGCCCUCCACUCCCCUCCUCCCAUCCUCUCCCUCCACUCCCCUCCUUUCCCUCCGCUACCCUCCUUUCCCUUCACUCCCCUUCAGUCCUCCCUCCACCCCUCUUCCCCUCCUCCGUCCGACUCCCCUCGCCUGUCCUUCUCUCUCGUUUGUCCACUCGCAUGCCGUGUCUUGCUCGACCGCUUCUUCCGCAGCAUCACCACACCGCGUCCACCAGCACUGCUGCAUGCAGUCGCGAGUUCUCGUCGCCCCUCAGCUUCAAGAAGUUUCCUCUUGACACUCAGACGCUGCGGCUGAGCAUUCAGGUGGAGAGCGGCGAGUUCUACCUGGUGGGGAGCAACUCGGGGCGGCAGUCGGAGCAGGGGGGCGGACAGCUGGGGGGAGGGGGAGGCACGUACGUGAAUGAUGAGGUCACAGGCUGGAAGAUCAACGACGUCGCGCUCAACUGCACUCCCUCUGCUACCACCGUCUCCACCUCCGCCACCUACCAUCCCGGUAACCACCUCCGCCACCUACCAUACUGCGUGUAUCUCUGCUUCUCCGUCUUCUUUGCUCGCCCCGACGACCUGGAGACUCGAUCCGCCACCUUUGUCACGCUCUUCCUCGCCCUCUCAGCCGUGCAGUUCGUCAUUGACAGCCAGCUACCGCGCUCGUCAGUAAUGACGCAGUUUGGCAACCUGGUCAUCAUCUCAUACGUCUUCAUCUCGCUCACCGCCCUCGAAACCCUCAUAGUCUACCUCAUCGCCGAACGGCUGGAGAAGGAUGUGGUUGAGGCCAUGGGGGACAUGGCAGCAGCAGCCACACGCACCUCGUGGAGCUCCCGUGCUGAGCCAGAGGCCGAAAGCCCAGACAAGGUGGAGAGUACGUGUGCGAGUGUCCCCGGCAAGGCUGACGGUGCAGGGGAGGAGGGUCAGGAGCUGUGUCCGGUGGCGACAGAUGGGGAUGAUGAGGAGGUGGGAGACACGAAGAGUGCAGCUGGCAGUGGAGGAGGAGAGAAGCUUCCAGUAGCCUGCCUGAACCCCGGAAAGCCGCCACUUCAGAGAGCGGAGGGCCCUACCUGGAAAUUCAGCCUCUUUGGGUACCACCUCAAGCCUAUCGACGAGGAGCGUGAAAGAGAAGGCAACUACACUCUGGCAGCUAGAAUUGACUUCGUGUGCUGUGUUCUCUUCUUCUUUGGCUACACUCUCACUGUCAUUCUGCUCUACACUCUCUAG